AAUUGUUAUUGUGUUUAAUGGAAAGUUCACUAUGAAUAAUCAUUUUAUUAUAUUCUCAGCUGUACUGCUAUGUGUAGUCACAGCAAUAGCACUUGUUGUAGAACCGAGUAUCAAUACGGAAACGUCUAUUAAUAAUGAAGGAUCAAACGGAAUUGAAGAAUCAAAGUAUCGUUUGCCUCGAAAUACUGCACCACGAAAGUAUGCGAUUGAGUUAGAUCCAAAUAUUAAUGGUGAAGAAUUUACAUUUAAUGGAAAAGGGAUAUAUACAUUUGAAGUACUAGAAUCUACUCGUACUAUUACGUUGCAUAAGUCAUCUAAGAUUGAAAUAGAUAAAGAGUCAAUAGAACUUGUUACUGGAGGAAAACAUCCUCCGCAAGCUACAUUCGUUGAUUGGGAUCAACAUAAUGAAUUUUAUACUAUCAAAUUCGACCGUGAGUUGGAACCAAGAAAUUACUCUUUAAACAUUAAUUGGUCUGGUCGCGAAAAUGGGUUGUCAGGGUUUAUACGUAUUAAGUACGAUGACGAUGAUGGCAAUACAAAAUACUUUGCUGUUAUGAUUACUAAACCGAGUAAUGCUCGGAAAAUAUUUCCUUGUUGGGAUGAACCAGGAUUUAAAGCUGAAUUCGCGAUUUCAGUUAAGAACGGUCCAAAUCAAACUGCAUUAUCCAAUAUGCCAGCAAUAAGCCAUCAAAAAUUACGGGAUGGUAAUAUUAUGACUCAAUUCAAGAUGUCUCCGAAUAUGGCAACUUAUGCUGUUUGCCUCGUGAUCACUGAUAAUUAUGAAUCAAUAGAACGUUCUGAAGGAGAAGGAAAAUUUUAUGCAUUAAAAAAUGACAUUGACUUUUUGAAAUAUCCAUUGGACAUUAGUCAGAAGCUCAAAGAAUUAAUGGGAAUUUAUACUAGGUUGACGUAUCCAUUACCUAAACUAGAUCAAAUUAUCGUACCUCAUACAUAUGAUCAAAAGAUAAUGGAAAAUUGGGGACUUUUAGGAUAUCCGCUUUCAUCUCUAAAAUUCAUUAAUACAAGUUUAGUUCCUAAUGUUGAAGACCGUGACGAUAUUUUGUUAGAGAUCUCUCAUCAAAUAGCAUAUCAAUGGUUUGGUAAUCUUGUCACUCCUACUUGGUGGAAUGAUGCUUGGUUAACGGAAUCAUUUGCUACAUACUACGCUUUUAAAAUUUUGGAAGGGGCAGAUCAAAACGAUUCGAUAAUGAGUAGAUUUGCGAUCGAAACAUUAAAUGAAAAAUCAUUUGAUGCUGAAUCAGUUUUCGGCAAACCGCUUCCUAUAAAAUGGAUGCCUCUUAACAAUACAGAUAUUAAUUACAUGACAAGUCCUAUAACUCAAUACAAAGGAUCUGCCAUUUUACGUAUGUUGGAUCAUAUUCUUGGUAAAGACGUAUUCGAUGAUGGAGUUCGACGAUACCUCAACGCACAUAAAUUCGGUAAUGUGGUUACUGAUGAUCUCUGGAAAGCUUUUCAAGAAGUUUAUGAUGAAAACUAUGGGUCGGAAAAACCUUUUAGUAUUAAAGAGACUAUGGAUCCAUGGAUCGAGCAAACUGGAACUCCAAUUAUAACUGUUACUAGGGAUUAUGAAACUGGCGAAACAAAUAUAACACAAAAAAACGUUCGGGAUGCAAACUCGGAUAACAAAUGGAGAAUUCCUAUUAAUUAUGCAACUAAAUCGAAUCCAGAUUUUUCGCAAACCCGCCCGACUAUGUGGAUGGAACAAGAUGAAGAAACAAAGACAAUACCCAACAUCGACAAGGAUGACUGGAUUAUUCUUAAUAUUCAGCAAAGCGGGUUUUAUCAAGUUAACUAUGAUAAAGAAAAUUGGCAACGUUUAGCAGAAUAUCUUAUCAAGGAUUAUGAAAAAAUCCAUCCUAUUAAUCGAGCACAACUUAUUGAGGAUGCUCACAGAAUGUACAAAGAUGAUAAUACGUACAUUGAAGCACUUUUCAAUAUAUCUUAUUACUUACACGAAGAAACAGACCCUUUACCAUGGAUACCUGUGACAAAAGUUAUAAAAAAUUUGCAUGAAAAAGUUCGUAACACAGACGUUGAAAACUUUUUCCAACUGUACGUUCUUUUUAUCACUAACAAAAUUACUGAUGAUAUUGGUUUCGGAAAAGACGAUGGUUAUGAUCCGUCAUCACUUCGCGUCCGAAAUAUGCUUGCUCCAAUAGUCUGUGAAUAUGGAAAUUCUGAUUGUCAAUCAUUUGCUAAAUGGCAAUUGAAUUCAUACUUGGAGAAUCCUACAGAACAUGCAUUUCCAAAUUCAAAUUGGCCGUGGAUUUUAUGUUUCGGACUCAAAGAAGCGAAUGAAACGGUAUGGAAUAAACUUAUGACUGAUCAACUUCCACUUCCAGAGUUUAUGCGCGAAUCAAGAUAUACUUUUAUCAAAUGUGCCGAAACUAAAGAGCAGCGUGAUAAAUACAUAGCUGAGGCAAUAAGCCCUAACUCGAACGCUACGACAGACCAAAUUACUGAUAUGUUUAAUGCUUUUCUGGAGAACGAUAAAAGUGAUGUUAAUUACGCCAUGCAAUAUGUCAUCGACCAUUUUGAUGAAAUAAAAACAUUUUAUGAAAAAGGAGAUGAAGUCGAUUUAAUUAUACUUUUUGGUCGAACUAUAUUUGCUACCAAAAAUCAAGAACAAUAUGAUAAAAUGAAAGCGUUUUACGACCCACGAAAAGAAGAAUUUAAGAAGGUAUUCGGUGAGCGGGCACCAAGUCUUGAAAUAGUUUUUGCAAACGCCGAAAAACAUGUCAAAGAAGGAGAUCGAAUUACUAAUAAAUUCCGCGGACUAUUGAAUAAAAGCUUUGUUGUAGGUGACUCAUCAUCGUCCGAAGAAAAUUAAUAUAAUACAAUGUAAUGUGUUCAGCUUAGAAAUUAGAUAUACUGAUUUGUUUUUUUUGACUGUAGAAUUUUUUGUUAACAUUAAUUUAUGAGACUGCCCUCCAUACUUAGUUGUAGUGCUGCACCUUCAUACACAAAUUGAUUCAAGCACUGAUCGAUUUUUGGUAAAUCAUAUAAAUAACCGAUAGCGUUAAUUAUUAUUGUAAUUUUGUUUGUGCAUAACUACUCUCCGUUAGCAGUAGUAAAUUCAUUGAGUUCACCCUUAUGGAAAAAAACUAAUGCGCACUUAUGAAAACUAUUAAAAAUUCAUUAGUGUUGAUAAGUAUUAUAUAAGUGAUCACUAGUGACAAUUAGUACUCCUACUAGUAAAUCUUACAGCACUAUUGGGUAUGAUGAGUGUUCAUUAGUCGGAGUACUAAUGAAUCUUGUAACACCGUUGGAAGUGGUUAGUUUUGAAUAAUGUUCUAUUAGUGACCAUUAAUACCCUGAGUAAUGAAUCUUACAACACUAUUGGAUGUAACCAGUGUUGGAUAGUGUUUAUUAGUACUCUGGCUAAUGAAUCUUGCAACGCUAUUGGAUAUGAUUGGUAUUAAUAGUGUUGCAUUAGUGAUAAUUAGUCGGCAUACUUAUGAAGCUUGCAAUACUAUUGGAAGUGAUUUGUGUUGAAUAGCGUUUUAUUAAUGAUCAUUAGUAGUCUCAUCAGUGAAUCUUACAAUAUUACUGGAAGUGAUGAAUGCUGACCAGGUUUCAAUAGUAUCUGAAUAGUCGGUACUACUCUGCUAUGAAAUUCAAAUUUAUGACAUUAAACACACAAAUGGCACUAAACACACUAAUAACAACAAACCAUUAGCGUGCGAACAAACUAAAGCAUUAGGGUUUCUCAUUAGUGCUGAUUAGUUUUUUUCUUUAAGGUUAUACCUAUAGGCACGAUCCAAGCAAAGGCAAAGAAAAUUUCAUGUACGUAACUAAAAAUACAUCUGUUAAUGGAAAAUUGCUCUUAAUUAGGUUUUUCACAAAUAUUCCAUUCCCUAA